UCCUUUGCUUCGUUGUUCUCAGCCUUUUCUUGCCAACGUCACGAAUGCUCCCACAUUUCCCAGUGCUUGCCUACGCUCCUUGUGCUCACGUUGCGUCACCAGCGCACAUUGCUGUUGGUUGAGUGGUUGAUCCACAGUGUCAUCGUGUCGCGAAUUGCUGGCUUCAUUUCGCCUUGCAUCACUCAACGCUUUUAUUCACUUCCAAUUCAGAGCAUCGACACGGAUUUCCUGACAGGAUUUUGCUGUCUUCCACCCAGGACAAACCUUCAGUUUUCUAUCCUUGAUUAGAGAGCCUUAGAUACUCAUGGCUUCCAUGUCCUUAGCUGCAGUUCAGCCGGUCAUCAGCCAUGCCCCGUCCCCAGGCAUGGCGAGACGAGAGUCUUCAUUUCCUUCGGAGAGCAACAAGUCCAGCCUCGAGCCUCCGCAGCUGAGCGGUCGUCCUCUCUCGAAACACGGCCGUGACAGUCGUCCCCAGUUCCUGCGCGCCGCACGGCCGUUCACUCAAACGGCUGGCUCCCAGCGGAUCAUGCAGAAGAGCCUCGCCGAGUCCGAUCAUUCACAAAAGAGCCGCUCCAUCGAUCAAGGCACGUGCGUCGACCCGCUCCCUCUCCACGCCACUGAGUUGAAUCUCCGCCAGCCGCCGUCCGCCGCGCUCUCCGCCAUCGAGUGGAUCAUCCUUCGCGCGCAGGGCCUCCCGGUCGCCCUCGACGAGCUCGACCUUGCGUGGUCGUAUUCACAGAAGCGCGUUGCGCCCCCGCGAUCCCCGGCCGCCUACCUGUCGGUCUUCGAGCGGGAACUCCGCCGCGAGGCCAUUCGAGUGGAGAUGCAGCAGCUCGAGUCCAUGGUGCGCCCGCAGUGCUCCCUGGACGAGCGACGACAACUGCUGGAAGCCGCCCAGGAAGGAAGCGCGACGACCGUUUAUCCUCGUUGCAAUUGGCCUCGACAAGGAACGGUUUUGGGUUCCGCACCUGCAGCAGUCGAGACCGCGGCAGUUGCUCUUGCCAUGCUCACAGUAACCGAGGCUGCUUCCCCCGGCGCGUUCGCUCGGUGCGGGUGGCCGCGCACGGUUGCCGCUGUUGCUGGCGCGCGCUGUGACUGGCCCCGUAGGGCUUCCGCCGCGCAAACAGCUUUCAUCGCUCACGCGGACUCGCCUGCCAUGGCUGCGCGUUGCGCCUGGCCGCGCUCGUCACCCGCCGCCUCGACCGGCCCCCGCUGCGCCUGGCCCCGACCCACAGCCCUCUCCGCACUCCCGGGCCUCUCCCCCGCUCCGUCCGCCGCCACCACCGGCGCGCACUGCGCGUGGCCGCAUAAAUCUUCAGCGAUGGCGGAAGGUCCUCGCUGUAUGUGGCCGCGCGCGGCUUCUCAGCCAUUGGCGGCAGCUGCUUCCCCAUCCCCCCGCUGCAGCUGGCCUCGCACAGCCACCGCUGUCGUUUCCGCGGAGACCGCCCCUGCUGAAGGCGCUAGGUGCGCGUGGCCACGCCAGCUGACGUCUUCCGACGUCCAGGCGCUGCUGGUGCGCACGGUGUUUCAGGCGGAAGCAAUUGCGCCUCAAUCGGCGGAAGGGCCGAGGUGCGCGUGGCCUCGUGCGAGCUCUACUGCUCCUGCUCCGCCUCCUGCUGUCACCGAGGGCCCCAGGUGCGCGUGGCCCCACGCUGCCCCUGCGAUCGCUGCGCCAACACCAGCGGAAACUCCCCUUGGCCCCCGUUGCGCGUGGCCCAGGCAGACCGAGGCGAUGCAACAGUCAGCCGCUGCGGAGGAGCUGCACGGCGACAUGCUUCCGCAGAUCGCACGGGAGGAGGGCAAGCUGGAAACCGCUGGCCGCAUUUUUGAGAGGCGGCGCGUAAGGGGCAUCACUCUCGGCGCAUAAUUGGAGCUGGUUGGAUUGGCAAACGGUGAGCCACGCGAGCCCAGAGCGGAGCUGAUGCUCGUUCGCUGCGUGGUUGGUAAUGACUGUAUAUAGUUCUGUUUUUGGAACUGUGUGCAAUGCUCGCCAACGAGCUGCACACACGUGUACACAUGGGUUUGGAUUGGAAGUGACUGGUUGGAGAGCUCUUAGGUAGUAGUACUAGCAGUACUGAAAAUAGGCUACGCAUGUUUUAGCAGUAAAUAUUUGAGUGAAAUUGUGCCUCUUGAAUGUGAGUUCCAGCAGUAAAUUGGAGGAGGUUGU